AACCCCCGUGUAUGGCUUCCUGAAAAAGGCCGACAGCUACUUGUAAAAUGGUAAAUAUGAGUCUGAAUUUUAAAACAUUUGUUAAAAGAUUUGUCUUGUUUCAAAAUGAGAUGGCCAAACACAAGAGGGCAAAAUCUGUGACACGAAAAUUUGUGUAAAUAUUACUAUCGCAAUGUGAAGUAAAAUCAUUCAUAAUAAGAAUAAAUAAAAGUAUUCACUAUGCAGAAUGCCCCCUUAGUGUUAUAUGAUAAUAUUAUUGGAUUAACAUUGCAGAUGCAUCACUGUGGAAGCAGCAUUUUAAUAUGCUAGCAACUGAAAUGAAGACACAGUUACUUAUACUUUAAAUAUAAAGUAUCAUUAAAUAAACAUCGUUACUUGGGCAAUGCACUACUUUAUGUAACAGGUGGGCCUUCUCCACCCUGUCCUUGUACAUCUACCAGUUGCUCAGACUCUUUACCAAUCACAAAGCCCAAAUAAACUAUUACGUAAUGCGUCUUUGCCGAGCAGCACCGCCCAUUUCCUUUGGGGGGAAAAAAAGUGGUCAGCUAUUUUUUUUUAGCUGACAUCUUUGUAUUUUUAGCCGUUAGCCACUUCUGCUAAGUAACUUUUCAAGGCAUUUCUUGCCUCAAAGUAUACACACGAAAUUGCACGAAGUCCACGUUGAGAGCAGCAGCAGUUACGCGGUCCUUGAAAAGUUACUAUGGAAGAAGUACGGCAGGGCAGCAAUGGCACUGAGUUACAGACUGCCACCAUCACAUCCGCUCAGUUCUCACAGAUAGCCCAACAGAUGUCACUGGGUGGUGGUUCUGUGGCUGUUGUACAGCUGCCAGGGGGUCAGUUUCAGGUUCAAGGGGUGAUCCAGUCUGCACAGUCGUCGGUCAUUCAGUCCCCUCAGAUGCAAACUGCACAGGCCCUGGGUUCAGAUAGUGACGAUUCACAGGACUCAUCGGACAGUGGAGCUGUGGCCCAUAAUAACAGAGAAAUACUGGCGAGGCGGCCUUCAUACAGAAAAAUCCUAAAUGAACUGUCUGAGGAAGUAACGGAGAGCCAGGUAUCCACUGUACCCACCGCCCAAAUCUACCAGACCAGCACCGGCCAGUACAUUACUAUAAACGCUAAUGGCACCAUCCAGCUCGCCAGUACGGGGUCUGAAGGCAUUCAGGGGCUACAGACUGUCACCAUGGCCAACGCUGGAGCCCAGCAGAACACCACCAUCCUUCAGUAUGCCCAGACACCUGACGGCCAGCAGAUACUGGUGCCGAGUAACCAGGUCGUUGUACAAGGUGCAGGAGGAGAGGUGCAAACAUACCAGAUCCGCACAGCGCCCGCAUCCAGCUCCCUGCCUCAGACUGUAGUCAUGACGUCUCCUAUGGGGCUGUCUCAGGGCAAGAGUGACGACCCAACAAUGAAAAGGGAAAUCAGGCUUAUGAAAAACAGAGAGGCAGCGCGUGAAUGUCGACGGAAGAAAAAGGAAUAUGUUAAAUGCCUAGAAAACCGUGUAGCUGUUCUUGAAAACCAAAACAAGACCCUGAUUGAAGAACUCAAAACAUUAAAGGACCUUUAUUGUGUCAAAACAGGAUAACCUGUUUGAAUCGAGGCUGCGGAUUGGGACAUAAUUUGGGAGCGACACAGCUCAGCCAUUUGGACAUGAACAGGGUUUCUGGGAACACUUAAUUUCAGGCUGACAUCCUCAAGUUUUUUACUCUGUUUGAUAUAAAAGUGACAAUUGAUGGCACUAAGAUAUACUCAACAAAUACAUUUUUUUCCACCUGCUGUUUUUUAAAUUUGCUAACACUAUAACAUUUAUAGUUGUGUACAUUUUUAAUACUGGGAGGUAUCCCCGAAAUGGUGAGCUUUAACUUUGAGUCUCAGUUUGUAAAUGUAUCCCGUGUUUUAAAAAAAUGUUUGUUUUUUUUAUCCUCUAAAUGGCAUCAGCAGAAUGUUGACUGUAUAAUUCCCACACAGACAUAAUUCCUGUUUAUAUUGUGGACCAGCAUCUCCCCUCUUUUCUCUAUAAGGACACGUUACAAUCGUCAUUCCUUCUUUUUGUGCAAUGGAAUAUAUAGGGUAACUAAUGACAUUGAGUUUGGUUGUUUUUAGGCAGUUACUUAGACAAUCAGGGAAAAAACAAAGCAGUGUCCAGGUAAUAUUUAUUAUGUACAUCUUGGGAGGGAUGGAGGGAAAGAAGAACAAACUAUGAAAUGUUGCUGAUUCUGUAAAUAAAUAAAUAUAUUUUCACUCAA